AUAAAGUAUUUGCGUUGUCUAAUUUAUGCCAGUUCCAUUUUCGGCCGCUAGGCGCGCUGGAGAGAAUCUUUGCGUCAUCAACAUUUAUUUUUUCUUUACAAGUUCUGAUAGUCUAUAGCAGUUAGGCUCAUGAGAUCAUCGAGUAGGUGAGACAUGUUUCCUCUCGUCUCGAGUUGCAUCGUCUCUAUUAUAUUUUUUAAGCGUUGCCGGCUUUGACAGUGCCUAGCAUUACACUAUUCGCAGUCCUACAUUAGAUACCGACCGUAUCGUGGUGUGUCGCGGGAGCCAUUAACGAGGAAGAAGAAAAAGUUCAUAGCAGUUCGUAGAGACAACAAAUAUAUCCCAUAAAUGACUAAAUACAUUGAACACUACAGGUUUCCACUAAAUAAUUAUAAAUUUGAGGCUGCCCGUCUAAAAAGUUUCCAUUUCUGGCCGCAUUCGUGGAAAAAGUCAGAAGAAUUCGCAGCGGCUGGAUUUUUUUAUACUGGUGAAAGCGACAUAGUGAAAUGUUUCGAAUGUGGUGAAGAAUUAUGGAAAUGGAAAGUGGAAGACGAUCCGAUGGUUGAUCAUCAGCGGUGGUUUGGAAAAUGUAGGUUUAUUCGUAAAAUUCCAUGCGGCAAUGUACCGAUCAGUACAGAUCCUAGCGCAAUUUCAACAUCGGUGCCGUAUGGCGUGGAUGAAUGUGGAAUUUAUGUUCGGACAAGCAUGCCUAAAUCCAGUUCAAACCAUGGAGAUCAUUUUAGAUUGAAAGAGCUUGCAUCAAAACCAAAACAUCCAGAAUAUGUCAAUUAUGCUGCCAGAUUAGCGUCGUAUGAUAAAUGGCCCAAAGCUAUGUCACAAACUAAAGAAGAACUGGCAACUGCUGGUUUCUAUUAUUCGGGAAGUGGCGAUGAAACAUUAUGCUACUACUGUGGUGGAGGAUUAAUGGAUUGGGAUCCAUAUGAUGAUCCUUGGGUAGAACAUGCUAAAUGGUUCAGUCAAUGUCGUUAUUUGCUUGUAAUUAAAGGAUUAAAGUUUGUAAACAACAUUAAGAAACCAUAUACUGAAAUGGAAACUGGUGCAUCUUCAGUUAAUGAAUUGGAUCAGAGAAUGGAAAAAGAUGAUAGUAAGAGUAUUGCUAGCGGAAGUAUUCAAAAUUCGCUUAGUUCUGAAGAAACUAAUAUUGCAGAAACAAGUACUAUAUCAGGCGAAGCCAACCCUGAGAAACAAUCUGUUCAAAUACAGGUUGAUAAACCACGCAACAAGGAUGCAACAUUAUGCAAAAUUUGCUUUAAUAGAGAAUUACGUAUCGCAUUUAUACCAUGCGGACAUUUAUUGACGUGUGCAGAAUGUGCUAGUAAUAUGAAAAUAUGCGGUAUAUGUCGUAAGGACAUUGAAAUUGCUGUACAAGUGUAUUUGUAGGAAUGUCUUAUCUUUGUAACAUUCCAUGUGAAUUGUGCAGCAGAAUUUUUUAUCUAUCGUUAUGAAAACUGGCACUUUAAAGCAAAACUAAAUCACACGAUUCAUGUAGCAUGUAGAUCAACAGAUGUUAUUGUAUCUGUAUGUUACAUGAAUCGUGUGAUUUAGUUUUGCUCCGCCAUAGAAAGCUCUUGUUAGCUCCUUCUUCCUUCCUCGGUCCUAUUGUCCGUGACUCAGCGUUGUGACUUCUCUUAUAUGCCUGUGAUGCACAUUUUGAUUGUACACAGUCAUAAGAGACUUACAAUUUAAUAUCGAUUCCGAACGACAAUUUUGUUUUGAGAAGUGUACAUGGGAAGAAACUCUCCAUAUAUACUCUAUAUAUACUCUCCAGUGGCAACUUGUAGUAUUAAGUGAAUCGCACCCUAACAUUUGUGAAAAUAAUUGUUUUCCAAGUAAUCCGAAAUAACUUUUUAAACAAUAUUACAAAUAAAUAAUACCUUAUAAUACUUCAUAUUUUUUUUUCUUUCAUGGUGUUUUAUCUCUCAUGAGAUAUAGCAAUAUUAAAACAAAAAAUAGAGUAAAAAACGGGCAAUUAAGAGCCUUCAUACGCGAUAAUUGAUAAACGAUUAUCAUAUACACAUAUUUUGAUUGUAUCUAUUACAAGAUUGUAUUUAUUAAGAGCUUUAAUAUGCGGUAAUUGAUGCGAUUAUCACAUAUACAUAGAUUUCGAUUGUAUCUAUUACAUAACUAUGUAUAUGAUAAGGUUCUUAAUUGCUCGUUUUUUAUUCUACUUUUUAUUUGUUUUAAUAUUUCAAGAGCCCAAUUUGAAUUAUUAAUUUAUUUUUGAUAUAUUAUAGCAAUAUACGUGAAAAAAGUCACGCAUAUAUGAGGGUGCGUUCCAUUUCGCACAUAAUGCCUGAUCAUUUUUUAAAGCGAUUCUUUAUCCUUCUUAAAUCCUUCCUAAAAUCCUUUAAUAUUUAUGCUCAUUUCCACCAAUGUAAAUUAACUUCAGCUUACUUCAUUAUUUCAGAU